AUGGAAAAUAAUUUUGAGAAACUUAUUGCUGACUUAUUAUUAACUCCAUCGUCAAAUAAUAUCCUUAAUCAAAUAAUAGUACAUCUUCAACAACAAACAGAUGAAUUAUUACCUUCAUUUAUUACUCAAUCAUUCCAAUCAUUACUCAUCUUAGAGCAAUGGACAUGGAAAUUACUUGGAGAAGAAUCAUCUGAAUGGAUCCAACAAUCAAAUUAUCUCGAAUUAUUAGAUACCCUUACAUUAUUUAAUCUUACAUUAAUUUUUCAUAAUAAUGAUAUUGAAACUGAUAUCAAAUUCUCACUUCUUAUUCCUGAAAAUACUGAAAUUAUUGAUAAAAUAUUCAAUGAAAUUGAAAAAAUAGAAAAUCAUAAUGAUCCUUUUCUUCGUAUUAUUAGUCGUUGGUUUGAUAAUCUCUCAUAUUUAGUUCACGAACAUGCACAAUUUCCAAUAUCACCCAUUAUUAUUCAUCUAUGUCAACAUAUAGGUCACAAUUAUAUUUUAAAUGAUCAAUAUAAAUUCUAUUUAACUCAACUUUGUCAAACACAAAUUCCACAAUCAAUAUUUACAACUAAACAAUUAUUUUAUAUAAAAACAUGUUCAUUUCUAUUUCGUAUGUAUAUAUGUUCCAAACUUGAUAAAUCACCAUUUAAAGGUAAUGAAUUACUUGAACGAUAUGGUAAUGAUUAUUUAAAAAUCAUUCUUGCACAUUAUCAUACUGUUAAUUCAUGGAGUAAAGAAUUAUUAACUUGUAUAACACAUUUAAUUGAUUUUAUAUGUGCUUGUUGUUGGUGGGGUGAAGAUAAUGCAUUAUAUAUUCAAAUACUUAUUCCAUCAGAACCAAUAUUUUAUGAAUAUAUUCAAGGUCUUAUUCAAAUUAUUGGAGAGAAAACAUUUCAUGAACGUAUAACAUCUCAAUGGUGUAAUGAUGAAACAAUACUUAUUGAUUCAACAUUAAUUUUUUUCUUAGGAUCUUUAUUACAAAUAAAAGAUUUAAGUUGUUUCAUACGUUCAGAAACAAUUCUAUCAAAUAUUAUCUUAGCAAUAGCUCAACAAUCAUGUUAUGACCGUAUAUCAUUAUGUGCAUAUGGAAUUCUUGCAGAAAUCCUAUCAGAUGAACAAUUAAAAGAAUUAAAAAUUACACAUAAUAUAUCGGAAUUUUUUUUUCGGAUUUUGGAACUUGCAUGGCAUCAUCCAACACAACGUUGUAAACGAAUACCUAUUCCACAAUUACUAACAGGCUUUUUAACUCUAUCAAAAAAUGACGCAAUUCAACAGAAAACAGCUGAUUUAAAUAAAAUCUCACUUUUUAUCGACAUAUCUGAACAAUAUCCAAUUGCAUUUAAAAUUAUUUGGGCACUUUCGUUUAAUCAUGAUAUUCAACAACAACUUUGUUCUAGUCGAGUAUUUAUGAAUAAAUUAACUCUUCUGAAAGAAGAAUGUAAAAAUGAAAAAUUACGUAAAAUUAUUUUUGGAAUUCUUUGGAAUCUUGAAUGGAAAGGUUUAGAUCGUACAAUAUCAUCCGAAGUUAGUGAUGGAAAAACAUUUGAUAUUAUGAUUAGUUAUUCACAUAAAGAUGAAUUCAUUUGUAAACAAAUCUAUGAAGAAUUAACCAAAAAUGGUUAUCGUGUUUGGAUUGAUUUCGAUCAAAUACAUGGAAACGUUAUGGAUGCAAUGGCUCAAGCUAUUGAAAAAUCACAAAUGAUCCUUAUUUGUAUGAGUGAACAAUAUCGACGAAGUAAUUAUUGUCGUGCAGAAGCACAUUAUGCAUUUCAACGAGAACUAAAAAUCGUUCCGAUACUUUUACAAGAACAUUAUCAACCUGAUGGUUGGCUUUUAUUUCUUAUUGGGCAAUUGCUUUAUGUUGAUUUUACUAAAUAUGAAUUUCCGAGAGCAAUGGAAUUGUUAAUACAGGAACUUAAAGCUCCUGUUAUAAAAGAGACACAAUUAGUAACUACUCAAUCUAAACAGGAUAUAAAUUCUAUAGUUUCAUUAUCGCCUGGAUUAUUAAUACUUCCAGAAAAUAUUCAUGAAUGGACACAAAUACAUGUACAGAAUUGGUUAAUUGGAUGUAAUUUGAGACAAAUGGCUCGUCUUUUAUAUGAUUUUGAUGGGCCAAGUUUACAUAGUUUAACUGAAUUGAUAACAAAUAGUAAUUCACAAGAAAUUUUGACUUUAUUACAAGAAGAUUCUCUUCGACGACUUAAUGAAAAUAUUUCAUUAUUAGAAUUCGCUCGUUUACGUACUUUAUUAAUCGAGAAACAACGACUAAUGGAAGUUAAACAUGAAGUGAAAAAUAAUAAUUCAACAUUCAAUAUUUUUCAUCAAUGUAAUAUGAUGUAA